AUGCCUCCUAAAAGACGCAACGGUGUUGAUCAUCAGGACGCUACGGAACCGAAAAGGCGCAUGACCAGGUCUGCAUCGAAAGCGACGGCUCCAGUAAAGGAAGCCACAAAGUCGAAGUCCGAAGGGACAGUCGUGAAGCCAUCAAAGACCACCAAGGGAGCUAAGAAAGCUACAUCACCGAGAAAGAAGACGUCUAAGCCGAUCAACGACACCACCGAUAAUAAUGCAUCUUCUGAAGGGACCACGGCAACCACUCUCACCAUUGAGCACGACUCCCUCAAGAAACCCAUCACCUGCCAUCAAUAUACGACCUCUUCUGAAAUCCCACACCUUCCAACACUCAUAUUUACCCAUGGUGCAGGAGGCACGCUCUCCGCCCCAGCAGUAGUCAACUUCUGCAACGGCUAUUCGAAAACCCACUCCACUCUCGCCUUCCAAGGCUCCAUGAAUCUCAACGCGCGAGUCAAGGGUUUCGACGCAUGCAUAUCUCAUCUGAGCCUCGAAGCCGGAUAUCUUAUCUUGGGCGGCCGAAGCAUGGGCGCGCGCGCCGCUGUCAUCGCAGGCACCAACGCCAUAACCGGCGGCACCGAGCGCGGGCUUUCGCUCAUCCUGGUUUCAUACCCCUUGAAAGGUCCGAAGAAUGAUAUCAGAGAUAAGAUCCUGCUAGAUCUGCCGGAAAACGUCCGCGUUCUGUUCGUUGUGGGUGAGAAAGAUGAGAUGUGCCCUCUCGAGUUGCUGAAGAAGACGCGGACAGAGAUGGCUGCUAAGUCAAAGUUGGUGGUGGUUAGAGGAGCGGAUCAUGGUAUGCAUGUUAGGCCCACAUCGGAGGAGAAGCGCUUGGGUGAGGAGACUGGGAAGUUGGCGGCUGCCUGGGCAGAUGGCGAAGGUGAUGACGAGGACGUAUACAUUGAUUGA